UAUGGGAGUUUCCUUUCUAGCCGUUAUCCUCGGAUAUGUCAGAUGGUUAAAAAAAUCACUCAGAAACGGUUACCAACGGUCGUAAUCACGUUUCGUCGUCCGAGUCAUCGGUUUCUGAGUCUGAAUCGUCUGUGGUCCAGGAUUUUAACGAAAGGAUUAAAACAACAGGAUUCACAAGGAUGCGGCCGGACUCGCGCAGUGUGUCGUUUACAUUUCACCGGGAAGUGGUGAAUUCACGAAACUCGCCGGAGAUAGUACGAAGAACGCGGAAUCUUCGCCAGCGUUUACAGGAUCGAUUCGAAAAGGACCGUGGAUCGACCAGCGGCGAUAAUGCGAAGGAGAAAACAUCAAAGGCAAAGGAAUCAACUGAACGGACCUGGAACAACAUUAGCCUGGGCAAUGUGUCCGCGGACUCGAGACGAGCGCUACGAAACGGUGCCGAGAAGCUGUCCAGAACGAUAUCCUCAGUGCGCAUCACUUUUGGCACGAUAUCCCAGAAAUUUAAGAGUUCCACACGAAGACGCCAGCGACUGGAGGAACAGCAAUCUCCAUCCAACAUGCAGACACCUCAGACUCGUUCCCGGCAGCUUUUAGGUCGAACGCCAACCAAACUCUACAGCCCUUUUGGUAUCGAAUCGCCAAGACACGCCUGGAACAAGGAGAAUGAAAUUAGUACACCAGUACGUGCUUCAUCACCAGAAUGCAACAUGCGUUACUGCAGACCAUUUCGUUUCACAAAAGUGAAAGGAUUCUCCAUGCUGAGAUAAGAGGAAUAGCCUCCUUGUCCUCCAAAUUACUGCAAUCGAUCUCUAUUUACUUCGAAGCAAUCAGGUUUGCGUGCCUUGUGUGCAACAACAUUUAUAUCAAAUAUAAUUUAUUUACGUUUAAUCGCAAGGGACUCACCACGAGCAACGCAAGUCUGUCAUCGAAUCAACAAUGUCUUUUUUAACAAGUAGUAUAUGUAAAGGUACAAUACUAGCGUACCUUAUUGAUAUUUAUCAUUCCAUAUCGCUUUCUUCGCGUGCGUAUAUCGCAAACACUUUCUACUUUUUUACACGUAUUUAUAUAUACAUAUAUGCCUAGAUUUGCGCAAUAAUAUACAUGACAUAUGGCAGGGCCAAUGCUUGUAUUUAAUCGCACAUCGAAACGCUGGAAAUUCAUAUGACAAAAAUCUUGAAUCUGUUCGCGCAAAUGAUUAAAAAUAUGUAUUGACGCGACUUGAAGAUUUUUUGCCUUUAUACGUGCGAAACGCAAGAAGUAAUUUCUUGGGCAAAUUUUUAUGAUAUUAAAAAAUGUAUUAAAUUUGUUACAUUAUUAACUAAGAAUAUUAACGCAAUCGUGUUGAAUUGUGAUUACUCAUUUGGGGAUGGAUAGAGAUGAUCUCUCUGCAUGAGAUAAACAAAUGCACGUUUCUUUGAUUAAUGUUAAAUUUUGGCUAGAUUAUAUUUUGUCUCUGCUCUUCCCAACAGGAUUGUCGUGAAAUAUUCUUGGUUGCAUUUUAUUUGAUAUACAUAUAUAU